UUCGAUUCGACCAAUCACAGCGAAGAGGGCGUGGUCUGCGGUAAAUUAAGCAGCAAACUGCGGAUGGGAGAAGCAGAGAGAAUUCUUCAUCCACCCGUGCAGCUUUACCUUUCGCCCUCAUCACAAAAUGUUGAGGUUAGACGUUUUGGCCCCGCUUCUCCUCCUCUCCAUCCUGUUGCCGGGCUACGGUUGCCGGGCGGCGGACAUUCCAGAGGACACUACAUCAGAGUUCUCCUUCAGACUGUACCACCAACUGCAGGCGGAGGGGGGGCAGGAAAACAUCAUUUUUUCGCCUCUGAGUGUGGCGGUUUCCCUGGGCAUGGUGGAGCUGGGGGCCGGAGGGGCUUCACUGGAAGAGAUACGGCAGACGGUGGGAUUCAGCAGCCUGCUUCCUGGCGUGGAGUUCUCUUUGCUCCAGAACCUCACAGCCGCUCUUCUGGAUGAAGACGCCCACCACGUGAUCCGAUUCGCAAACAGCCUCUUCCUGCAGGAAGGCGUCACCUUUAACCCGGAGUUUCUGCACCUGAUGAAGAAAUACUUCCGCGCCGAAGCGGAGACGGUGGACUUCAGCGAGUCCUCAGCCGUUGCUGAGCAGAUCAACAACUGGGUGGCAAACCACACAGAGAGUAAAAUCCGGUCUCUGCUGUCAGCUGGGGACUUCAGCAGCGUGACGCGCCUGACGCUGGUGAACGCUGUUUACUUUCGGGGCUCAUGGAAGAACCAGUUCAGACCGGAGAACACCAGGACCUUCUCCUUCAGCAGAGACGACGGCUCUGAAGUUCAGACCCUCAUGAUGUAUCAGCAGGGAGACUUCUACUAUGGUGAGUUCAGCGAUGGCUCACAGGAAGCUGGAGGUGUGUACCAGGUCUUGGAGAUGCCGUAUGAAGGCGAGGACAUGUCCAUGAUGAUCGUGCUGCCACGCCAGGAGGUGCCGCUGGCCUCGCUGGAGCCCAUCAUCAAGGCUCCUCUGUUGGAGGAGUGGGCCAACAAUGUCAAGCUGCAGAAGGUGGAAGUCUACUUACCCAGGUUUAAGGUGGACCAGAAGAUUGAUCUGAAGGACACUCUCCAGGAGCUGGGAAUCAAGAGUAUUUUCACCACUGAGGCUGAUCUCUCCACCAUGACAGACGGUAAGGACCUGUACAUCGGGAAGGCCGUGCAGAAAGCUUACCUGGAGGUGACUGAGGAGGGGGCAGAGGGAGCUGUCGGCUCAGGAAUGAUUGCCCUGACCAGGACUUUGGUGCUGUACCCACAAGUCAUGGCCGAUCACCCGUUCUUCUUUGUCAUCAGAAACAGAAGAACAGGCUCGGUCCUCUUCAUGGGCAGAGUGAUGACCCCGGAGGUCGUGGAGCCCUAUGACAGUUACUUUGACUCCAUUUAACCCGACGACGAGGCCGCUCCCUGUCAGCCAAUCGGAUCCUUGCAUCACAAAAGCUACCUAUUCUCUACCACCAUCUCCAACUGUGUUUUAUACUCUUUACAAGAUGAUAUAACCAAAUAUUAUACGAUGAAUUCAAUAUAAACAUCUAUAUUAUUACGGUAUAUUGCCAAAGGUGUUCAGUUUCGUUGAUUCAGGUGUUACAGUCACUUUACAGGUGCACAAAAUCAUGCAAAUGUCCACCAUGAUGAUGAUCUACGGUCAGUUGUAAUCCUUCAAGAUCUCCCACCGUACCUGCACGUUUUGCUGCUGAUUACCUGGAUCAGGUUCAAUCAAUCCUAAUAAGUCUUCAACCUGAGGCUCCAAAGAUCGCUGCGACUCUUUCAGCUCUCCACUGUGGUUAUUAAAAAAUAAAAGGAUUGUCAUUUAAAAAAUAAAUGUUACUUAUUUAUUACAAGAUUUAAUUUUAGUCGGUUAGUGGAGGUGCUUCUAUAACAGGAAAUACACAGUGUAAGGUUUUGGCAUUGCACUGAAAAAAGUGAAACAUUUUCAAAAAUACCAUAAUUUUUUACAUUUAAGUUGAUGGUUUAUUUAACUUAAAAAUUAAAUUUGAUAAAAAGUAAUAUUUUGAAGUGUAACAAAUUGCAGAGCUUUUGUUAAUUAACACAAUGUUUCACUUUUUACAGUGCACUAACUCAAGGGGCUUUGUGUAGACAACCAGCAAAUGCACAGAUUUCUAAUAAAACUUUGCUCAAAUGGUUGAUCUUCUGUGAGAAGACUGGAAACUGCUGAAAGCUCAUAUUUAAAGACACACCAAUGUAAACCUAAAAGAGAAAAUGACAUUUUUGACUUGUACAAGGUUUUCAUUUAGGAACAUUUGGGAUGAUCAUUUGUUGUACAGAGAUGCUUGAUUUUAAAAUGUAUCAAUAUGGCCCCUUUUCAGACAAAAACUAUUUCUUUUUAAUAAAAAAGAUUGUUUUUCUUUAUAUUUUUGAUUUUAGUCAUGACCAAAAAGAGAGAGAGUUCAUUCAUAUUUAGCAAAAAAGUGAUAUAAAUACUACAGAGACUCUAAAGGGACAUCAAAGUAAAAAUAAAAAUUGAAGUAAAAAAUAAAUUCUGAUAACUAGCUGGUGCGAACCUGAUACUAACUAGAAAAAAAUGUUCUUUUCUAAAAUUUAAAGUAAAAAAAUGUUUGUUUUUUUACUUAAACUUUUAGAAAAUACAUUAUUUUACUUGAUUUAUUUCUUUUAUUUUUUUUUAACUGGCAAGUAAGACUUUCUGGCUGUUUCCAAAUGACUUUUCAGUGUUGAAGGUUGCAGACUGCUGGCAUAAGGAGACUUCUGAGUCAGAUAAUCAGCAGAGAGCAGUGGUAAAAGCAGGGUGGUAGAUUUGGAGGACUAAGAUUGGGCAUUCCUUGUCUAGAGGGUCCAGUCUUCUACUUCUGUAUCCACCAAUCUGACAGAUGAGUCUUGAUAUUUAGCGUAUACAUUUAGUGCUAAAAAUGCUUCCCACAGGCGACAGUUCCUCCCUGGACAAAGCAAAGUCCGUAAAGACGAGGAGCUAGAAUGCGAUCCAGACCUUCAUCAGUCAAUCCUGCACCAUAAGAGGUCAGAAAAGUUCCUGUGCGUAAAGUGAAGGACCACUUUUGGCAAUAUAGUGUUUGUUUGUGUAUAAGUUUCAGUUUUUUAUACUGUAAGCUUUAAAUUCUUGGAUACAGAAGCCCACAGAGGAAGUUGUAAAUAUUCUCUAGUAAAGAAUGCUUUGAAUUAGCAAAAUCCGCGCACUGCACCCUUUACGUUCAGCAGCUUUAAUGUUGCAAAAAAAAAGAAAAACUCUUUUCUUUUAAACGAGUUACUGUUUCUCCUGCAAACCUAGUUUCUUUCUUCCGUCUGGUGCAGUUUACGGUCGCACUCUUCUACUGUACAUGCUCAGUAUUUAUUGCCGAAUAAACGCAAAUCUUUCCUCUCUGGAAUAAAUCUUAGUAAGACAUCUCAUGGAGACACUAUUGAGACAUUUUUACACGCGAUUAGGAUCUAUUCACUGCUGAUGAAUUGUUAUGCCUUAUCUUAUUUGGCUGGUUAAUUAAGCUCCAUCUGGGAUUUUUACAGGUGAGCGGAUGGGGAUGAUGUAACUAGGGCAGGUUACCAUAGCGAUGGACUGGAGCACUAAAAAAGAUCUGCAGCACUGUUGUGAAUGUACAUACGAGGAGACGCAGUAACACCAGCUGUAUGGAUUCUUUCAGCAUAAAAGCCUUUCCAUUAAAAUAAAUAUAUAUUCUGUG